UUGACGGUUCCAGCCUCAGUGCCUCUUGGGAUAGCAGAGGGGAAGUGUUGUGUUCCUUCGUCCGCCCACCAUUCUUAUAAACUAUGUCUAGUGCCUUAUCGUAGCAUCAAGAUGGAAUUAGUGAGAUGCGUGUGGCUGUGCGUGGUCGCCCUUUUUCUCGAUGUGUGUUACGCAUCGGAUGGAUAUGUGGGCAAGAAGCUUGGAGAACUGAACAGCUACCAUCACCAGGUGGGUGGCGAGGUGUAUGCGGUGAAUGAGAGGACGCUGCUCAUCAAGAACUUCAUGUACGAUGGGAAUGGUGGAGACACAUUCUUCUGGGCCGGGUCUCGCCCUCGGCCUGGCCCUCAGGGAUUUAUUGUGCCUAAUGAGCUUGGCAGGACCAAUGUUCUAGACCGCUACCUCAACAAGGACAUCACCCUCACCCUGCCAGACUACAAGACCAUCACAGAGAUCAAGUGGCUGGCCAUAUAUGAUCUCAGCAGACUGGAGCCUUUUGGAGACAUCUACAUUCCUGAAGGGUUUGAGCCGCCCCAGGAGAUUGUCCUGAACAAGCUGUCCUCCAAGACUCGGGAGGUAAAGUCUGGGGGAGUGAUCAUCUCCGAGUCCAAGACCAUCAUUAUUGAGGAUUUAACCUACAAUGGCAAGGGGGGAGAGGUUUACUUCUGGGUGGGCGUGGGACCCCAGCCUCACUCCAAGGGGACCAAGAUUCCCGAUGAGCAUGGCUACCUGACUCCCCUGGGGAAGUAUGACAAGAAAACCAUCACUCUGGAGCUGCCAGGAGACCUGACGGUGUUCACGGUGGACUGGCUGGCCAUCUAUGACAUCGCCAAUGACAGAGUGUUGGGCUCCAUCAUCAUCCCUGAGGAGCUCAAUGUGCCGCCCUCCCUCGUCAAGAUUAUUCCUCACAGUAACUCCAUGCCAAACUGUGAGCAGCUACACAAGGACCUGCAGGUGUCAUGGGAGGUGUUUGGAGACCAGAUCACCAUGGAGCUGGCAGGACAAGUGGGCGAGGACGACUACAUGGCAUUUGGCAUGAGUGGGUCACCCUCGGAGCCAGUGAUGGUGGGUGGCGACGCGGUGGUGGUGCACAUGGACGGCUACCUUGGCUCCUUCAAGGACUACAACCUCACCUCAUACAUGCCUUGCACACACCUGCUGGGGCAACACAAGGGUGUGUGCUAUGAUGACCUGGUGGGGGGAGCACAGGACUACCAGGAGUUCAGUCACAAGAGGGAGGAUGGAAUCAACAUUUUCACCUUCAGACGCAGACUCACCACCCCUGACCCAGGGGACAUCCCGUACCCAGACAGUGGUGAGGCCAUGAUCAUCUGGGCUCUGGGACAUCUGGACAUCAACCGCAACCCAACCAUGCACUACGCCUGGUCCAAGUUCAAGCAGCCUAUUGAGUUCACCAGGAAAGCCACGGAGAGGAAGUGCUUCUCGUUCACCAGGAGUGAGAAAUCUAUACCGAAGCGCUGGAAGCCGGUGCACCUUGCCAAUCCCGCAGCCAAGGAGUUCACCGCCACACUGGGGCCUGACGGGGGACCAAGGGGCUACGAGGCCAUCACUGGACAGCAUUCAGAGACUGGCCUGUCCUGGUACAUCAACGGCUACCUCUCCCCUGACAUCUACAUCAAGAGGGAUGCCACUUACCGCAUCAUGGUGCAGGGCGGCUCCAACCCAUACGAUCCAAAGAGCUACCAUCCCCUCAUCAUCACAGAUGAGCCACGCGGGGCAUACUCCCAGCUGUCGGAUGAAGAGAAGAAGGACAUCCGGGUGCUGGCUGGCAUUGGGUAUUCCGUGAGGGGCGACUCAAGAGCCACAGCAGCGGGCCGCCUGUGUCUGUGGGAACACCCGAAGGAGCUGGACCGCCGCAAGGACGUGGAGUUCAGGACCUACGAGCACUUCAGAAACGCUCUCCACCAUGAGUGUGGCGAAGGCAAGGCAGCUGUGUUGGAAUUUAAGCCCAACAAGUCGUGGCCGGACACUGUCUACUACAACAGCUGGACGGGGCCAAACAUGGGCUGGAGGAUACACAUUCUGGACGAGAUCAACACAGAGAAGAUCCUGGCAGCCGCAGCGAGUGGUGGGAACAGUGUGCAUUGGUCCUCACUCAACACCCUGCUGCUCUGGCUGACGGGGGUGUGGCUGGCUAUGUUGGCAGUGUAGACAUGCAUAUAUGUGUGUGUGUGUGUGUGUGUUUGUAGGUGUGUAGGUGUUUAGGGUUGAAUGAAAUGUGUGUGUGUGUGUGUGUGUCCCCUUAAAUGAUAAUAAGAUAGCAUUAUUCUUGACAUUUGAAUAAAUUUUGAUUCACUGUCAAAAAUAUCUAUCUAUAUACUCGCACUAAUUAAUGUUACAAUGAAGAAAUCGUCUUUCCUUCACUCACACCAUGACUUCUUACUGUAUAUAGCUAUAGGCUGUUUAUUAUGUGAAAACCAUGUACAGUAGAUUACUGAAUAAUGUUCUAGUGAAUUAC